AUGGGGUCGAGGAUUCGGUCUCUUGGGUUCCAUCUUUGGAAAGGACAGUGCAAUAAAUCAGUCAAACAGUGUUUUUGGACUCGUGUUUUAUAUACUACAAAUGCUACUUGGUAUGACAGCAAGUGCAGUAGCAGCUCUAAUCCUCAUGACAUCCUCCAUAGUGUCUGUAGUAGGGUCAUUGUACUUGGCAUACAUUCUGUACUUCGUGCUGAAGGAAUUUUGCAUUGUCUGCGUCAUCACAUAUUUGCUGAACUUCAUUCUCUUUAUCAUCAACUACAAACGACUAGUUUAUUUGAAUGAGGCCUGGAAACGGCAACUCCAACCCAAACAGGAAUAACGCCUGUUUGAACUUUUUGACUGACAGUCUGAAGACCCAACUUCCAUUAAGUUUAUUUUGCAGUAAUUUUUUAUUCUCCAUAUCAGACACUUUCCCUGAGAAUCAUAACUGAAUUUUUAAUUAUAAAUUUGAAGGGGCCCUAGAUAAUUUUUUUUUUGUGCUAUUCUUCAAUUUAAAUGUGGUUAUGAAAGAAAGCUCUAAUACAAUCCAAGACAAGCUUUAACUUUACUUUGAAGGAGUUUUAGCCACAGCAAAACCUAGUCUCUCUCUCUUCCCCCUCCACUUGUGAAGUGGGUAACACUUGCUAUAAAAUAUCCUGUAUAUAAAUUCAGGUAUAACAUGAUGUGACCAUGACAUUAAAUAUUCUAGACUAGCAUUACCAUAUUUAAUGUUGCCAUGUUUACAGUAUGUGUAUUACUUUUUUUUUUUAGCUGAUGGACUUAGAUUUGACUAAGACUUACUCUGUAAAUAAAAUUAGAAAUACUGGUUUCAUCCCUGGAGAACUCAGUGUACAAUUGAGUUUUGUUAGCCUAGGAGCUGUCGGAGUGUUCAGCUAAUAGUCGACUGACAUGAUGGAAGAAGUGACCUCUAUAGAGAACACCGUGUUGCUGCACUCACUGCUAGUGCUUUCAUGAGAAUGAUGGUUGGGUUUUGUUCCAUCUUUUUUUUUGUCUCCAGUAAUGAAAAUGAAUGAAAGCUGAAACCUGAAGUAUGUUC